CACUGCUAGUUGUGUACUUCUCGAACGCAACUGUGGUGAAACUUUGUUCCUUUUUUCUUUUCGACGCUGAUAAUAUAUUUCUUUCUCUGACACCAAAAAGUAAACGUAGUUCAGUUAAAAAGAAUAGACCUUAGAUGUUAAGGCUAUUAUGCCGAUUUGUGGACAUCGAUUUAUCUGUCGCUUAUUACCCAUCUGUAAACACAAUUGUUCGACUAACCAAUCUACAUUGACACUUAUUUUGUAAGCGAAGUAAACACUAUGUCAAUGGACAAAGAUGUUGAUGCAAAGAAAGAUGCGGAUGGAAAAAACAAAAAUAAAAUUUAUUGUACAUUCUGUCCUUCAAAAAUGCUUAAUGCUGGGGUUGCUAAAUUGAUAAACAUGGAGUUUGCAUUGCCUUAUAUACAUAGUAAGGGAGACGGUGAAGGCAACCAACCAGAAUCCAUUUCCGAUUAUUGCUUGUGCAGAUUGUGAAAGAGGUCCAGUGGGGUGGCAUGACUUAUCUACCAAGAAAUCUUAUAUCGCAUUGUGUAGAGUGAAACAUGAAUAAAAAGUAUAGGAAAAUAUGCAUUAAAGUAAGAAAAUUUUAUAAUUUUAUACUCAAUGCAAGCGUGAGUGUACAAAGAGAAUUUUAUAUCUAUGCAAUUAUAAGAUAAUAUUUAUGUAAAGCUGUUUGUGAACAGAUAAUUAUUAAAUAUGCAAUAUAUGUGUAUAAAAAGCUAUUUUAGAUUUAU